AUGAAUAUUCACAGGGGAGAGGUGGGUAUUGACUUGCGCAGGCUCAGUUGGAAAACACACUUCCACACACACUACAGGUUAUGGCAAUAAGGCCUGAGCUCCUCCUGCAGAGAUCUUAGCAUUGAAAAUAAGGCAAAGGUCAGAGGCGGAGCUCUCGUGGUGAGGCUGGUCUGGUUCAGGAAGGUUGGUGACUGCAUCUCCUCAGCAUAACAAAAGGGAAAAGAACAGUUUGGAAAAACAGUUAAAUGCUUCCAGACUCACCCUUGAAUUCCUCAGGGCAACUAGUGAGUGACGGAUUAGGAUCGCUGAUGGCGUACGGCUGGUCCUGCUCUCUGGAGCUCGUGGAGCCAUGAUUGUGAGCCCCUGGUCGGAUGGUGUCGUGGGGCAGGCAGAGUGCACCCUCAAAUGGGCGGCCUUGGUGGCUUUGCUUAUGGUGAAAGAGCAGAUGGAGGGUGCAUCACAGGCCCUCAAAUCAGUGAUUCAGUAACAGGGGGUAGGGGGUGGGGUAGAUUCUUUCAGGUAGCACAGAGUUGCCUGCUUCGUGAGCUUACGCUUAAAGAAAUGGCAGGCUUUGAACCUCGGCCUCCUCGCCCAAGAUUGGCAGGAGGAAGUUGGUGCUGAGCUCGUGGCGGCAGGAAGGAGCCUCCGCUGGGGCAGCUCAGACCCUCUUAGUGGGAGUGGCAGCCCUGCGGUCAGUGCAUGCAGGUGGCUGAGGAAUUGCCAAGUGGUCAUUAUUUGCAAACAAACGACUAAACAAAGACAGAUUGGCAACUGGGCUUCUCCUGAAUGCCAUGCUCGGGGAGCCAGAAAAGGAGGUGCUUUUGGCAUUGUCCACUCUGCCUACUUUUAACAUUUUUCCUAAGAGGGAUGAACAGUCUUUCUUCUCCAAGGCAGGCUGUGUGUGUGUAUGUGCACACAUGUAGGGGGGUGUUUUGUGUGUGUACGCAUGCGUGUGUGUGUGCUUUUUGUGUGUAUUGUAUGUUAGGUGCAUGCACGUGUGGGUAUUGUGUCAUGUGCGCACACGUAUAUGUUGGGUGUGCAUUUGUGUGGGGUAUGUGUGUGUGUGCACAAGUGCAGAGGCAUCCCAGUGUCCCUGGGAGGGAGCCUGAGUCCUUCCGGCUCUGCUCUGAGUCAUACCUGGUGCACUCGCUCUGCAGCCAUGACUCACUGUGCAGAUAAACAAAACCCAAAAAGUCCCCUGGGUCUACCAAGAGAUAACUAUCUGGCCAUUGAAGAUGAGGUGGCUGAUUAAUCCAGGGAGGUUAGGAUGACUGUGCACGUCCUCCCAGGAAGGCAGACUGGCAAAGAACUGGUUUGCAAACACCUCAUCCGGAAAUCGAAGUUCAGCCAAAAGCCUUUUAGAUAAAAGUGUAUCUACCUGGUCUGCUUGUCCCUUUCGCUUUAUGGUCAUAGGGUUCCUGCUCCCGCCACUCUGUGAAAGGGGCCUCUCAGGGUUGCCAAGUCCAGGGGGUCCCAGGCCUGCCCUGGCCUGGCCUGGCCUUGCCGCCACACGGCCAUGGCCACAGUGGAGUCCCUCCUUCCUGAAAUGCCCUGCUGGUGUCCAUCCCACCUCUUGUCUAUCUUGUCCUGGGUUAAACCCUUGUUUGCGUCUCUGCGUCCUCUGCAGGGGCUUUGUCCACACUCACGGGGCAGCAUGUUCCUGGAGGCCUGCCAUGCCCUGGGAUCACACUCCCUCAUUGACUCCUCCUUCUGUGACCAGGUGAUAUUAACUCCAUUGAGAGAGAGGGAAACUGAGGCUGGAAGUGGUUAAGGAACGUAUCCAGGGUCAUCCUGCUGGGCAAUGGGAGUUGGUACAUGGAAGCUGGACCCAGGCUGCUGUCCCAGAGCCCAGUGCUGACCUGCUUUCACUCUCCAUCCCGCCUCUCCUCCCCCGGGGACCCCAGAUGCCCUCUGUUAAAAUUACAUCUGUGAGGUGAGACAUCCCGUCUCCCACUAGUGUUAAAACAUAUGUUCUUUAGCCCAGAAAGGAAAGCACCAUAAAUCCAUCACGAGUGUUUGAUGACCAGGUUUAUCCUAUCACCUUGGGAACAAAGAAGGUGGUCCUGAUGAUAGGAUGGGGACCCAGAAGUAGAAUAUUUUCGUGUAGGAGGGAGGAGUGCAGAAAUUUGGAGGCAUCUUUUCUUCUGGCCCCAGGCGUGGGGUCUGGCGCGCUGUGACUGCCUCUUGGUGUCUUCUGAAGCUGGUCCCGUGUAAGUUCCAGGUUAAAAGGAUCGCCGUCUAGUGCUGGAAGUACUGCAAUUAGCGCAUGUUAAUUAAAGCGAAGGGUAAUGUUCCUUAGCUUACAGCAGAUCCUGGGCACUGUUAGGAGUGGGCUUUAUGGAGAGAUGUUAGCUGAGUUAGUUUCUUUCUCAGCAAUCGGGACCUGUGCAGGUCACACGUGCAGCUCAGUUGUACGCACUGAAUCUCCUUGUAGCUGACUCCGCCUGCCAUACUGUAACCGAUCUGCUACUUUCUUCUCUUUUUGUCAGUAGAAUAAUAGAGAGUAACAAAUGGGCUGGUAGUCAAUAUCUGGAAACAGACAACCCUUCCUUAACCCAGUGCUUUUUUCCUUUGGGGAUUAAGGGAUAGAAUUUCAGCUCAAUAGUAUAGCCGCAAACUCAUGGAAUUCCCGUAGUCCAGGGAAGCUGCGGGCCUGAUGUUCAAGUCCUCCGCAGCGGAAUUACUAAUGAAUGUGUGAUCUGAGCGUGAUCUAGCUGCCUGGAAAGCUGCCCUGUAAGGGAGCAGGCCAGUAAGAAAUGGAAAGGACCAGCAGCAUCGCCCAGGCCGGCCCUGCCAGGCCAGGCUAGAGUUACUCAGAUAAAGGACAGCACAUCUGAUAACUGCCACAGCCCCACCUCAUGACGCUCAGCACUGUGCUUUUUGUCCUUUUAAAGCUCCCUUGUGCUACAAUGUCAGUGGGGGCCAGCAGGCCCAUGAGGAGUUGGUACCCUGUGUGCGGGCAGAGGAGGAGAUAUGUGUCUUUAAUGUAUCGGUUUCAUCUGCCUCUAUGCAGGUGCUAUCACACUGGAAGCUUGUGGAAGCUGUGUUGUGUGUUGACUUAGUGGCAUGUUCAAGAACACACUGGCAGAAGGCCAGGCCAGCUACAAGUCAAGUCAAGUCUUGACUUGCGUUGUCAAGUACAGGCCUCACUAGUGCCGUCAACUAGGUUUUGGGGCUAUGGCUUGUUCAUUUCAUUCAGUCCUUUUCCAGUCGCUCUCUGCUACUUGGCAAGACUAUUUACAUGGAUGAUGGAGUGUCGUCUUUUGUCCAGAUCAGAGGCUCCGUUCCGCUGUUUUGGGAGCAGCCAGGACUCCAGGUUGGCUCGCAUCAUCUGAGACUCAACAGAGGCCUGGAAGCCAAUGCCCCUGCUUUCGACAGGCAUAUGGUGCUUCUGAAGGAGCAGUAUGGGAAGCAAGUGGUCGUGAACCUGCUGGGGAGCAGAGGCGGAGAGGAGGUGCUCAACAGAGCGUUCAAGAAGUUGCUCUGGGCUUCCUGCCAUGCUGGCGACACGCCUAUGAUCAACUUUGACUUCCAUCAGUUUGCCAAAGGCGGCAAGCUAGAGAAAUUGGAGAACCUGUUGAGGCCCCAGCUGCAGCUGCACUGGGAUGACUUUGAUGUGUUCACCAAGGGCGAGAAUGUAAGUCCACGUUUUCAGAGAGGCACUUUGCGUAUGAACUGUCUCGACUGCCUGGACCGAACCAACACAGUGCAGGGCUUCAUCGCGCUCGAGGUCCUUCAUCUGCAGCUCGAGAGCCUAGGGCUGAACUCAAAGCCCAUCGCUGACCGCUUCGUGGAGGCCUUCAAAGCCAUGUGGUCUCUGAACGGGCACAGCCUGAGCAAGAUGUUCACGGGCAGCCGGGCCCUGGAAGGGAAGGCCAAGGUGGGGAAGCUGAAGGAUGGGGCCCGGUCUGUGUCUCGCACUAUCCAGUCCAACUUCUUUGAUGGUGUGAAGCAGGAGGCCAUCAAGCUGCUGCUGGUUGGGGACGUCUACGCCGAGGAGGCUGCUGACAAGGGAAGGAUGCUCUUGGACAACACAGCCCUGCUGGUGACUCCCAGGGUCCUGAGAGCGAUGUCGGAGCGCCAGUCGGAAUUCACACAUUUCAAGCGGCUCCGGAUUGCCAUGGGAACCUGGAAUGUGAACGGGGGCAAGCAGUUCAGGAGCAACCUCCUGGGGACAGCGGAGCUGGCCGACUGGCUGCUCGACUCGCCCACGCUUUCCGGAGCCGAGGAAUCCCCGGAUGACAGCAGCCCAGCUGACAUAUUUGCCGUGGGGUUUGAAGAGAUGGUGGAACUGAGCGCAGGGAAUAUUGUCAAUGCCAGUACCACCAACAGGAAGAUGUGGGGUGAGCAGCUUCAGAAAGCCAUCUCACGGUCUCAUAGGUACAUUCUCUUGACUUCAGCACAGCUGGUGGGCGUCUGUCUUUAUAUCUUCGUGCGUCCGUACCAUGUCCCAUUCAUCAGGGAUGUGGCGAUCGACACAGUGAAGACCGGCAUGGGAGGGAAGGCAGGAAACAAAGGUGCCGUGGGCAUCCGCUUUCAGCUCCACAGCACCAGCCUCUGCUUCGUGUGCAGCCACCUGACGGCCGGGCAGUCCCAGGUGAAGGAGAGGAACGAGGACUACAGGGAGAUCACCCAGAAGCUGAGCUUCCCGACGGGAAGAAAUAUUUUCUCUCACGAUUACGUGUUUUGGUGCGGGGAUUUCAACUACCGCAUCGAUCUCACGUAUGAAGAAGUCUUCUAUUUUGUCAAACGCCAAGACUGGAAGAAACUUCUGGAAUUCGAUCAGCUACAGCUACAGAAAUCAAGUGGAAAAAUUUUUAAAGACUUUCACGAAGGCGCCAUUAAUUUUGGACCCACCUACAAGUAUGAUGUCGGCUCUGCCGCCUACGACACAAGUGACAAAUGCCGCACCCCCGCCUGGACAGACAGGGUCCUGUGGUGGAGGAGGAGGCAUCCUUUUGACCGAACAGCUGGAGAACUCAACCUCCUAGACAACGAUCUAGACGCGGACACCAAAGUCAGACACACCUGGUCUCCUGGCGCCCUCAAGUAUUACGGCCGAGCGGAGCUACAAGCAUCUGAUCACAGACCCGUGCUGGCGAUCGUGGAGGUGGAAGUACAAGAAGUCGAUGUGGGUGCUCGGGAGAGGGUGUUCCAGGAAGUGUCCUCUUUCCAGGGUCCCCUGGACGCCACCGUCGUAGUCAACCUUCAGUCGCCAACCUUAGAAGAGAAAAACGAGUUUCCUGAGGACGUGCGCAUCGAGCUCAUGGAGACCUUGGGGAAUUAUGGGACAAUCGUCCUUGUCAGGAUCAACCAAGGGCAGAUGCUGGUGACUUUUGCAGACGGUCACUCGGCUCUCAGCGUCCUGGAUGUGGAUGGUAUGAAGGUGAAAGGCAGAGCCGUGCAGAUCAGACCGAAGACCAAGGACUGGCUGAAAGGUUUGCAGGAGGAGAUCGUCCGAAAGCGGGACAGCCUGGUCUCCAUGUCUCCCACUGCCAACUCCUGUCUGCUGGAGGAGAACUUCGACUUCACAAGUUUGGACUAUGACUCAGAAGGGGAUAUUCUCGAAGAUGAUGAAGACUAUUUGGUGGAGGAGCUGGGGCAGCCUGUGGUCUCAGACGGUGAACUGGGGGGAGACGACAUUUCCGAUACCCCCAGCUCCACAGCAGCGGCACCUCCCAGCAAGUCACCUGCACUCGUCAAAAAGAAGCAGCAUCCGACCUACAAAGAUGAUGCUGACCUGGCGGAGUUAAAGCAGGAGCUGGAAGCAGUUGGGGAUUCGCACCACCGCUCUCCAAGCAGGUCUCUGUCGGUGCCCAGUAGGCCUCGGCCACCUCACCCACCGCAGAGACCGCCCCCUCCAACUGGUUUAAUGGUGAAAAAGUCGGCUUCGGAUGUGUCCAUCUCCUCUGGCACCCACGGGCAGUAUUCGAUUUUGCAGACAGCAAAACUUCUCCCGGGAGCACCACAGCAAGCACCCAAAGCUAGGACUGGGAUAAGUAAACCUUAUAACGUCAAGCAGAUCAAAACCACCAAUGCUCAGGAGGCGGAAGCAGCAAUCCGAUGUCUCCUGGAAGCCAGAGGAGGCACCCCGGGAGAAGCCCUAAAUGCCAUGGCCCCAAGGGACCAAGGGUCUUCCAAACCAGAGCCCACAGCGGGGGUGGCCCCACUCCUGCCCCGUCGGCCAGCACCCAGAGUUCCUGCCAUCAAGAAGCCAACCUUGAGGAGGACAGGAAAGCCCACGUCACCGGAAGAAAACUUUGGACAACAGACUGCCCAUUUUACAAUCGGGCCCCCGGAGACGAGCCUUGAAACUCCUCCUCUAACGACAGUCCCACCUGUUCCCAAACCAAGAACACUUCAGCCUGGGAAAGGUGUGGAGAGGAGGCCAAGUGGCGGGAAGCCAGUGCCCAACAAUGCCCCUCCGGUGGCUGGAGCCACCAUGCCACCCCCUCUGCAGGUUCCACCUCUCGUGCCCCAGGUCCCCCCAAGGAGGAAGAAGUCAGCCCCCGCCACCUUCAAUCUGCAGGUUCUGCAGAGCAACAGCCAGCUUCUCCAGGGCCUCACCUGCAGCAGUAGCCCCAGCAGUGACUGUCCCCCUGCACGCCAGCCUGACGGGGGUGCCCUCCUUCCACAACCAGCUUUUCUUGGCACUUCAUCUGCUGCAAGCCCAGAAACUGAUGGCCCCAAAGAGCUGAAGUCAGAGGCAGCCUCCCUUCUGGAUGACCAUCAGGAUCCCUUCUGGAGCCUUCUCCAACACCCUAAGCUGCUGAAUAAUGCCUGGCUUUCCAAGAGCUCUAACCGCCUGGACACGGGGACCACGAACCUUGGAAGGGCGCACACAGCCCCACCCCAUGUCAGCGCCUCAGCUGCCGAGGAGCCGCCAGCGGAGCACAGGCAAAAAGACUUCGGUCACUGGGUGACGGUCAGUGACAAGGACAAGAGGACGGUGCUACAGGUGUUUGACCCACUGGCGAAAACAUGAGUGGGAAACCUUGACCCCCACUUCCUUGGAACGUGUGCCUCCUUCCCUUAGGCAUCACUUUACAGGGAAAAGCCCAGAGUCAAAAGAGACAUCUAUUUAAAGGCACAUUGAAAAAACAUUUGUACUUCUGUCCCUCUUGUGUAGUUUACAAACCUUGUGUCUCUUAUUGAAUAAGAUGAUUAUUCAGCCACCAAGAUAUGCUUUAUUCCAGACUUGUGCGUUUGAAGUGUCCUCUCAGGGGUGUGGGAAACCGCUGGUUAGGUUCACUGUAUGGAUUUUAGGAGACAGAGUCUGGCCGGUAAUGCCCAAGAAGCUCUCUCCUAUUGAUGGUUGUUCAAUUUAUGUGUGUAUGUGGUGUUUUUAAAAUUUUAUUUGUACUUUACAGAUUUGAAGUAACUUUCUGGCGAACCACCUAAGGCUUGAUGCAUAAAGUAAGGAUUAGACUGAAAGGUGGUCGGGGCCAUUAAGAGCUGUACGUGGCCCGCUGACACCGGCUUAAAAAGUCAGAGUGGGAAGCAGCCCAUAGAUCAAGCAAUGACUAGACUGUACGUUCCCAUGAGCCCUUGUUGACUUACGCACAUGUAGAUGAAUCUUGAUUACGUGUGAUCCUGUGGGAGAUGGUGUCUUACACUGUUCUGGUUCUGAAGUACAUACCAUUAGCUUAACCUGAGCUUAAACUGGGGAAAGACUCCUGUACCACGUCUUAGACAUUGCAUGCCCCAUAAAUUGCUAUCGUCCUGA